UCAGAAUGUAGAAAGAUUUUCCAGAGAAGACAUUUUCAAUCGUUUUCCAAAAGUGACGCAAUGCUGGUACACUCCAAAGCAUAAAUUCGCGAAUGAUCUAAUAUCAAAAGUUUCCGAUCUGCUAAAUAUAAAAAUAUCAGCAGCCACAAGCGAGAGAGAAUUGAUCCUGUCGCAUCGUUCGAAAAAUUACACAGGCAAUGUAUUUUGGGUGAUUUUCAAGAUUGAUAACGAAACCACAGAAAAACCAAAAUUACUUGAUUACAAGAUCCGCUCCUCAGAAAUCGGUCGCAAUCGCAUGAUAAUGUUUAACGACGAGGAACCAUCGGAUGAUGAUCCAUAUAUAAUCAGCGGUUUCAUGGCCUUGCAAAUGGCGAUCGAGAGUUCCUUCGUUGACAUGUGGCGCGAUCAAGAGAAGCCAAUUGUUGCGAAGCAAUUGAUCCUGGGUCGUUUUCCCUUUUACAAAAUAAAUUUUUUAAUAAUGCCAUCCGUCACCAGACCCAAUGUCAGUGUAAUCUAUUACAUGACGGUCGUAGCUUUUUUGCUCCUGCCAAUUGCCACUUUGCAGAAAAUCAUUCAUGACAAGAAAACAGGUUUUCGAGAGCUAAUGCGCAUGAUGAAUAUAUCUAUCACGGUUUUAUAUAUCGGAUGGAUCUAUUACCUGAUGAUCGUAGCGAUUCCAGUAACCAUCGUCACAACGGCACUUCUGUAUCCUGUUUAUUCCAACAGCAAUCCAGCAACUAUUGCUAUUUUCAUACUGACGUAUAUCACAAUGACCAGCUGCUUUAUGUUCAUGAUAGGCACGUUUUUCAAUCAAGCGAUAAAGGCACUGAUAACGAGUCUGCUCCUCUGGUUAUUAUUGGCACAUCUGACUAUCGUGCUGGAUCAAUUUUUGGCAAAUUCGUCGAUCUACGCCAAAAUCUUAUCCUUAGCGUUACCUCACAGCGGGCUACUUUACGGUAUAAUAACGUUUACGUCAAGCGGACAAAUUGGCGAGCUGUCGAGCAGAAAAUUGGCUAGACUGCAAAUGGAAGCGAAGACGAGAAAAAAUUUCGAAUACCAUGACGUCUACAAUAUAAUUAGUGCCAAGGAUAAAAUUUCAAUUGGUAUCAUUUUGACAUCCUGGGCAGUCCAUAUUAUCAUCUGGAGUCUCCUGACUGUUUACAUGGAUAAUAUAAACCCAGGAAGAUUCGGCAGUGCCAAACCCUGUUAUUACCCAUGCAAAAAAGGUAAAAAAGUUCUUCAGGAUUUCGAUACAACACUGAGAGGUACUACCAACUGGUCAGCCGUCGAGCAGACGUCAUCGAAAAUCAUACCAUCGAUCAGAGUGAAGAAAGUGACGAAGAAAUUUGGCCGGCUGAGCGAAAAAAUUGUAGCUGUCAACGAGAUGUCGAUAGAUUUUUAUCACGGCGAAUUCAACGUUCUACUGGGACACAAUGGAGCUGGAAAGAGCAGUCUUUUGAAGAUGAUAAUAGGCACGUACAAACCAAAUCGUGGACAGGUUUACAUAGAAGGCAGAGAUUACAACUUGGACGAGGAAUCAGAUGGACACUUAAUUGGUUACUGUCCUCAAGAGAAUAUCUUGGUUAAUUAUCUGACAAUUGUGCAACACCUCUACAUGUUCGGAAUGAUGAAAGGCAUGUCGUACAAGAAUGCCAAUGUAGCAGCACUAGAUCUUUUGGACCAGCUUGGUUUGACAGCUGUCAAAGAUUCUAAGACCAAGAACUUCUCGUUUGGUAUACAGAGACGCGUGUGUCUGGCAAUGGCUUUGAUUGGUGGAGCAAAGAUACUGAUUCUGGAUGAACCUACCUAUGGAAUUGAUCCAGAGUACAGAAGACAAGUCUGGGACAUACUGUCGUCGAUAAAGAAGAAUAAGACUAUCAUUAUGGCUACGAAUUCCAUGGAGGCUGCAGAUAUUCUGGCGGAUAGAAUUGCCAUAAUAGCUAACGGCAGGAUUGAGUGUUACGGGACGAAAAUGUACCUUAAUCGACGCUAUGGGAUUGGAUUCGUGCUUAGUAUAGUAAUUCAGGAAGAUUGCGACUUGGAUAACCUGCACAUAGAAAUACAGCAAUAUUCGUCUCAACCGGUAAAACUCAGGAGCACUAUGGGUCUGGUUGUGAGAUUUGAUCUAGCGCGUGGAACGAGAAUGACGAAAUUGUUACAAUUCCUCGAGCACAACAAGGAGGAAUUGCAAAUUAAUUCCCUGGCCGUUAAUGCAGCCAGCAUCGAAGGUCAAUUUCUGAGAAUUGGUCUGGCGAGUCAGUACAGAGAACGUCGCGUGUACUUGCCGUUUGACAAAUACGAAGGAAUUACGCAAAAGAGAAGAAGAGAUCUGUUACACUCGGAGAAAACUUGGGAGCGUCUUAACGGUCGAAUUUUAUGGCGUCAACAGGUCUUGACUAUGUUUUACAAAAAAUUCUUACAUCUUCUUUCUUCGUGGAAGCUUUACGUGUUCUCCAUAUUCUUGUCCUUUAUAGCCUGUGCUCUAACUAUGAUGAUCAGCGAAUUGGGUACUUUAUUCAUAUUCCGAACAGCAGAGAUGCACAUGAAUGUCACAAAAUACACGGCGAACAAUUAUCGAAUGUUGUAUUAUGCAGCCAAUACUGGUAAUACCAAAACAUUUCUACAUUCGUUAUAUACAACUGGCCAGACGUACAAUAAAUUGGGAAAUUUUCACAUCUCAAAAAAUAUCACCUCCUCAGACUUAAUGAUACAUCCGAAUCUGCAUUCGAUAGAGUUCAGAGAUCGAUAUUUCAUAGCUGUUGAUAUUAUGAAAAAAGCACGUGUAGACUUAAUGUACUCGUCGACGGCAGUGCACAGUGGACCCAUAGCAAUAAACCUAUUGCACAAUGCAUUGCUGCAUUAUUAUACAGGUUCGUCCAAUGUAAAAAUCAAAUUGAACAGCCAACCAAUAGUGGAUCCAAGAUUGUGGCAGCAUCGUUUGGUCCAUCCGCGCAGUAUACGAAAUUGGGAAAACGUAGCUAUAGCAGUGUCUUUGCUGUUAAUUAUACCGACUAUAGACAUGGUGACCAAAGAAGUCAAAUCUGUAUCGAAAGUUCUCCAACUGAAUACAGUUGGAAUGACAACGCUGCUCUACUGGAUGCCUAUUUAUAUUGUAGAUAUUGUACUGUAUGCCAUUUCACUUCUUGUUACGUCACUCAUGGGCCUUUUGACGUACAGCAGUGCUAUUCGUAUUACUGGAAUCGAAUUUGUUCAAGGUUUCAUGAUCUUCUUGUGUUAUGGCGUUGCCGCCAUUCCAAUUGGAUAUUUGAUACAAGUAUUUUCUCGUCGUACCAAUACCGUUUAUAUGAUUCUGAUUUUGAUGAACCUUGUGAUUGUGUUGUUGAUAAAUGCAUCUGUUACUCUUCCAUUACUGGUGCACUUGCUUGGUAGUACUGGCAAACUUAUUCUUGAAAUAAUUCUACAUGCUUUUCCGCCGUAUGUAUUAUCUUGUAUUAUCAGUAAUUAUAUUACACUGAGCUUGUAUAAUAAGCAGUGCAAAAUUCACAACGCGUGCGGAACCGAUUUGGGUCUUGAGGAUCCAUGCUGCCAGAACUGUAAAAAUCAGAGUUGUUACCAACCACUGAGCGUUAUAUUCACUAAACAAUCUGGAGUGAAUUACUUUCACUCGAUUGCCGAGGAUAUCUUGAUAUUGAUCUCGCAAGCUUUUCUGUUUAACUUAUUGCGCGAAAUUUUCGAGGACAAGAAUAGAAUGAAAUGGUACAAAAUGUUUUCGAAUGACGCGCAAGUAAUUGAUCAACGGGUGCAGCCGGAAAUUCUUAUAGAGAAGGAGAAAGUUGAUAAACUUAUGAAAGUAUAUGAAAUGGAAAAUUGUCUACCAGGCAACAUUGCAUUAGUAGUUCAAAAUCUGUCAAAAAAAUAUGAAAACGUUACCGUUGUUCGCGGCAUUAAUUUUACUAUCAAAAAACAGGAAUGUUUUGGAUUACUUGGGGCAAAUAGUUCUGGCAAGUCGACCAUCUUCAAAAUGCUGACUGGUCAAUCAAGAAUAAAUACUGGAAGAGCAGUGAUACGCGAUUGGGAAUUAACGCGAGAUCACGAUAAAUUUAUAGGCAUGACCGGUUACUGUCCUCAAAUCGGUGGCUUAAACCUAUUCCUAACGGGUCGUCAAAACUUGGAAAUGUUUGCAGCACUUCGUGGUAUACCGUUUCGAAAUAUUGCAGAGGAAGUAAACAAGUGGUUGGACAUUUUUGAUCUUUUGGAUUUUGAAAAUAUGAAAAUAGAAUCUUGUCCUUGGGGGGUUCGAAGGAAAAUAUGUAUUCUUCAAUGUUUAAUAGGCGACUUGCCAAUAAUACUGUUGGACGAACCUUCUUCGGGCAUAGACAUCAUGACUAGGCACGCAUUGUGCGACACUUUGCAUCAGAUGCGCGAAAUGGGAAGAUCACUUUUAGUCACCACUCACAAUAUGGAAGAGGCUGAGGCUUUGUGUCUGCGCGUUGGUAUUUUGGUUGAUGGUCAGUUUAUUGCUUUGGAUUCGUGUGAAAGUCUCAAGCAGAAACAUGGAAGCAACUUUACUUUGCGAAUCAGAUUGCACACGGAAUUCAAACAAGAAACGCUUGACGCUGUCAUGAAAACUAUUGAGGAAGCAUUUCCAAAAAUCGUAUUCAAAGAUAGACAUCUGGCAAUUUUGAAGUAUGAAUUGCCCAGUGAUAUUCCGUAUAGUAACGUUUUUGAGAAAAUUGAGAAAAUAAGAAUACGUCAUGCUACAGUAAUGGAUUUUUCUUUGAAUCAGCCGAUGAUGGAACAAGUAUUUUUGGCAUUGAUGAAGGAACGUAAUGAGAAAAUGAUUGAUGAUGAGAGAAAAAAUGUAUUAUCACGUUUGUGGAAAAUUUUGUUAUCUAGAAUGGCAUUCUUUCGGACAAUUUAUACUUUAUAAGGUUUGCAUAAUAUUGGUUAAAAAACAGCUAUAAUUACAAAUUAUAAAAACAUUUUUAUUGUA